AUGCCUUUCACACUGCUGACCGCAAAAGUUAUCGGCACCGCCACAGUUGGACUGUGGGCGGGUUACAAUUUGGCUUUAGCCGAGGCCAUUCACCCUGUUAUUCCCACGAGCUUGACUUGCUGCAGUCGUAACAAGUGCAACCGCACUGUUACUCCCUUUGCAGUUGCGACAGCCCGCAAGAUGCUUGUUCAAGCCGGUAAAGCUGCUGUCAUGGCCGGCUUUUCUUUUGUUUCCCUCUUGUCUAGUUAUUUGUUGGCUAGCCAGGCUGGUAAACACCCUUAUUUGCUGUAUGUCUCUUUGGGUGCUCCACUGAUUGGUCUUUUGCAGUUCUAUGGCGCGGUUGAUCUUAAGCACCAGAUCGACGGUGACCUUAACACUGUGCCCAAUUCUCCUUCUGCUGAGCCUAGUGAAUUGAGCGAGUCUGCUUUCGAGCAUAUUGACCACCCUGAUUCCAAGAAUCAGCAGGAAGGCGCCUCGCCCCUUAAGCGCAAGUGUGCAAUUUACUCCCAGGUGGUUGCCUACUUGAGCACCACUUUGUUUGUGAUCAAUCUCAUUGGUCUUGCAGGUGAAUCCUCUGCUAACUUAUUUAGAUAA